CCCCCCCCCUCCCCGGGGGCGGAGCGGCCGGAGAAGGUGGGGAGCGGAGCGCCGGAGCCCGGCGGCGCUGGGAACAGCUGCAGCCGCGUCCUCCGGCAGCGCGCGGCUCUCCCGGGACCUGCGCCGGGCGGGGGAGGGGACGGCAGGGGAGGGCGGAGCGGGGAGCGGGCGGGCGGGAAGGGGCGGGCAGCGCGCUCCUGCGGCGCCGGCGGCCGUCCUCAUCCCGGCGCGCUAGUGGACGCGGGGCUUCGCAAAUGGCUUGUCCCGCUCUUGGUCUGGAAGCUCUUCAGCCCCUGCAGCCCGAGCCGCCUCCCGAUCCUGCCUUCUCCGAGGCGCAGAAGUGGAUCGAGCAAGUAACUGGGAGAAGCUUUGGUGAUAAAGACUUUCGGACAGGGUUAGAAAAUGGAAUUCUUCUGUGUGAGUUGCUGAAUGCUAUAAAGCCAGGACUUGUUAAAAAGAUCAAUAGAUUACCUACCCCCAUUGCAGGAUUGGACAAUAUUAUCUUAUUCUUGAGAGGUUGUAAAGAGCUCGGCCUUAAAGAGUCUCAGCUUUUUGACCCGAGUGACCUCCAGGACACAUCAAGCAGAGUAACAGUCAAGAGCCUGGAUUAUAGUAGGAAGCUGAAAAAUGUGUUAGUUACCAUUUACUGGCUGGGGAAAGCAGCCAACAGCUGUACGUCGUACAGUGGCACCACGCUCAACCUGAAGGAGUUUGAAGGAUUGUUGGCUCAGAUGAGAAAGGAGACUGAUGAUAUUGAGAGUCCUAAACGCAAUAUCCGAGACAGUGGCUACAUUGACUGCUGGGAUUCUGAGCGCAGUGACUCCCUCUCUCCCCCUCGCCAUGGCAGAGAUGAUUCCUUCGACAGCUUGGAUUCCUUUGGCUCCCGCUCCCGGCAGACACCUUCACCAGAUGUAGUCCUCAGGGGAAGCAGCGAUGGGAGAGGAAGUGACUCUGAACCUGACUUGCCCCAUCGGAAGCUGCCAGAUGUGAAGAAGGAUGACAUGUCUGCGCGGCGGACUUCCCACGGUGAGCCGAAAUCAGCAGUGCCUUUUAACCAGUACCUCCCUAACAAAAGCAACCAGACAGCCUACGUCCCCGCUCCCCUGAGAAAGAAGAAAGCAGAGCGAGAGGAAUUCCGCAAGAGCUGGAGCACUGCCACCUCCCCCCUGGGCGGGGACCGGCCCUUCAGCUAUCCUGAAACAAUAGAGGAAGAGGGAAGUGAAGUGAGGUCUCCUGGUGACGAGGACCCGGUCAGCCAAAUGAAUCCUGGAGGGGAGCCUUCUGAUGGUGGGUUAGAAUUACCCAGCGGCAGUGGUAAGGAGCACCCUUCUUCAGAGGGGGCUGGGAUGGCUCCAGCGCCCAGGUCUGAAGGAAAAAAUGCUGCUGAAAUCCAGAAGCGCAGGAGGCUAGAGCAAGCUGGAAUCAAGGUCAUGCCAGCAGCACGGCGCUUUGCCAGUCAAAAACAAUUAAGUGAAGAGAAAGAAGCUAUUUGUGACAUUAGCCUUCGUAAAGAAAAUCCUUUCCUGACCUACCAAGAUGGCAAAGAUUCAGAGUCCGAGGACGAAGUUGCAUGUCGAGUGCCUGAUCCUGAGAAAGAUGACUUUGCAGCAAGGAGAGCAAGGAUGAACCAAAGUAAGCCAGUGGUGCCACUGAAUCAGCUCCUCUACGGGCCUUAUUGGAGAAAGGACCCAGAGAAAUCAGGUGGCAGCCAACAGCUCUCAAAGGGAGCCUCAGAAAAGAGAAGUCUAAAAUACAAAAGAAACCAGGGCCAAACAGAAGAGGCAAAGGCAAUAGUGACCCCUAUGACGAGGGCUCAGGAGAGUGAACCCAUGGAAGAGGGACUCAGGAAGGUGCCAGAUCUUCUCAAGGAUGACCUGGCCCAGCGGAGAAUUCAGGGUAGAGCUGCCCGCCUCCGAGAACCUCUGAGCUUUGUCACACUCGCCAGUAUAACAGAAGCCGACCUGGAGACGUGGGAGAGACUGAAAGUGUCAGGAAAGACAAGGGAUGAAGACGUUCAGCCUAUCUGUGCCCCUGAGCCUUCACCAGAAAUUAAAGCAGAAACUGCCCUCCGAGAUGACUUUGCCAGCCGCAAAGCGAGGGCUUAUAAGAAAGCGUCCAGCCCUAGGCAAAAGUUUGUGCACUUUGGGCCAGUGACAGAGAUAGACCAGCAGACAUGGAAGCGCCUCAGCAUUGGCAAGCCUGGGCCUAGGGAGAAAGGAGACGACAUUGGUCACGGCAGCCGGGUUCAGAUGGACUCUGGGUCUCCUGUCUCGGCGGCCACCUCCAGCUCACAGGAAGACCACAGGCUCAACCCACAAAAUGGCCACAGAGUACUGAAUCCUGGCACAGAUGACUAUUGCAGAAGGGUCUCGGGGCUGGCUCCUGUGCCGGAGUCUCAGGAAGAGUGGGGCUGCAGUACGGGCGGGAGCCCAGCGGGGGCAGAAAAAGCAGUAAAGCUGUGCUCUCUGGCUUUAGUUGCAUCUAAACACCUGCCACAGAAUGGCAAAGAAGAAGAUAAAGGCGCCCCAAGAAAUUCUCAGAUGCUGCCAAAGGCAGAAAGCUCAGUGGAGAGCCGCCAGCCACUUGUGUGUCUUCCUGCCUCUGAAUGGGAGGCAUCGGGGACAGAAGAGAGGUCAGAGAAGAUGACAGCUCCUGCCUGGAAUGGCAGUGGACUGAAAGACCACAGCAAGUUGUAUGAUUCACGAAAAGAUGACAUGAUGGCCAGGAGAACUGGGACGUCCCUCAGACACACUGGAUCCAACCCAAACCAGUUCCUUCCGGUUCCAUUUGCAAAGCAACAUGAUGUGAAGGAAUAUACUAAGGCUCUACCCAUGAAAGAUCAGAGAUACGGUGCGAGAACUCCUGUGUCUGAUGACGCAGAGAGCGCCAGUAUGUUCGACAUGCGGGGUGAGGAGGAGGCCGCGGUGCAGCCGCACAGCAGGGCCCGGCAGGAGCAGCUGCAGCUGAUAAAUAGCCAGCUGAGGGAAGAGGACGACAAAUGGCAAGACGACCUGGCUCGUUGGAAGAGUCGUAGAAGAAGUGUUUCUCAGGACUUAAUCAAGAAAGAGGAAGAAAGGAAAAAAAUGGAGAAGUUACUGGCUGGAGAGGAUGGGACACGUGAACGAAGGAAAAGCAUCAAAACCUACAGAGAAAUUGUGCAAGAAAAAGAGCGGAGAGAGAGAGAGUUGCAUGAGGCGUAUAAGAACGCUCGGUCCCAGGAGGAGGCAGAGGGGAUCCUGCAACAGUAUAUUGAGAGGUUCACCAUCAGUGAGGCUGUUCUUGAACGCUUGGAGAUGCCAAAAAUCCUGGAAAGAAGCCAUUCAACAGAGCCAAACUUAACCUCCUUCCCGAACGAUCCCAACCCCAUGAAAUACCUGCGGCAACAGUCACUGCUUCCACCCAAAUUCACUGCCAGUGUUGAAACCACCAUUGCUCUUGCCGGUGUGCUGGAUACCAGCACGUCAGCAGGCAGUGGGUCUCCAAGCAAAACUGUCACUCCCAAAGCAGUGCCUAUGCUGACACCCAAGCCUUAUUCCCAGCCCCGAAACUCUCAAGAGGUUCUGAAGACCUUUAAGGUAGAUGGGAAAGUCAGCAUAAAUGGAGAGACAGUUCAUGGAGAGGAGGCGAGAGAGUGGCUGGCGGUGGCACCUGCCCCCUCCCUGACCAAGUCCCAGAUGUUUGAGGGUGUGGCCCGGGUGCACGAGUCCCCAGUGGAACUGAAACGAGACAACAGUAGCAUCGAGAUCAACAUCAAGAAGCCAAAUUCUGUUCCCCAAGGACUGACAGCAACCUCUGAGGAAAGUGACCCAAAUGGUCAAGAAGAUGAGAAUGAUGGGGGAAAGCCUGGAGAAGGGAACACAGAACAUGUCUCAUCAGAGCCACAACAUUUUACAACAACUGUGACUCGAUGCAGCCCAACUGUGGCCUUUGUGGAGCUUUCCUCCAGCCCCCAGCCGAAGAACAAUGUGCCAGAAGAAACAGGGCAGAAGAAACCAGACAAUGAAAUGAGUGGAAAGGUGGAGCUGGUGCUGUCGCAAAAGGUGGUAAAGCCAAAAUCUCCAGAACCAGAAGCAACUCUGACAUUUCCAUUUCUGGAAAAACUGCCUGAAUCCAACCAACUACAUUUGCCAAAUCUCAAUUCUCAAGAGUCGCCUGGCACUGCCAGCGUUCCGCUUAGAGUUCAGAACUCUUGGCGACGUUCCCAGUUUUUCUCCCAGUCAGUGGAUUCUCCAAGCAGUGAAAAGUCACCUGGGACUACACCUCAGUUUAAGUUCUGGGUGUGGGACCCGGAAGAGGAGCGCCGGAGACAGGAAAAAUGGCAGCAGGAGCAGGAACGUUUGCUCCAGGAGAGAUACCAGAAGGAGCAGGACAAGCUGAAAGAAGAAUGGGAAAAGGCCCAGAAGGAAGUAGAAGAAGAAGAACGCAGAUACUACGAGGAGGAACGAAAAAUAAUUGAAGACACUGUGGUUCCAUUUACCGUUUCUUCAAGUUCUGCAGACCAGCUGUCCACAUCCUCCUCCGUGACUGACAGCAGUGGGGCAAUGAAUAAGGUGGACUUGGAAAACUGUCAAGAUGAAAAACAAGAGAAAAAACAGAAGAAACCAUUCCAGGAGGAUGGCAAUGACUUAUUGCUUAAGACGAAGGAAAGUGAUUCACUGGAGGAGAAAGGCAGCCUAACUCAAGGGGCUUUGGCUCAUUCUGAGAACCCCGUGUCAACAAGAAUCCAUCAGGAGCAUCAGCUGAAUACAGAGGCUGGGACCCCACACUGUGGAUUGAACCCACAGCUAGCUCAGGAUCCAUCUCAGAGUCAGCAGGUAUCAAACCUAGCAGGACCCACUGCAGAGGAGAUGAAGCCAAAAUCCCUCUCGCUGGACAAAAGCGUGAACCAUCAGCUGGAGUCCCCUAGCGAAAGGCGGAAGAGAAGCCCCAGAGAGAAGUUCCAGGCUGGGCCCUUGUCCCCGUGUUCCCCCACCCCUCCCGGCCAGUCACCGAACAGGAACAAGAGGUCCGUAAGUGGGAAGAAGCUGUGCUCCUCCUGUGGGCUUCCUUUGGGUAAAGGAGCCGCGAUGGUCAUUGAGACUCUUAGUCUCUAUUUUCACAUCCAGUGUUUUAAAUGUGGAAUUUGUAAAGGACAGCUUGGAGAUGCAGUGAGUGGGACAGAUGUUAGGAUUCGAAAUGGUCUUCUCAACUGUAAUGAUUGUUACAUGCGAUCCAGAAGUGCUGGCCAGCCGACCACAUUGUGACUGUGACCGUUCAGAGUUUCCAUAUCACUCACCAUUUCUUUGCUGAGGUUGCCCCUGGCCAUCGCUUAACAAAAUCCCAAGUUCGGGGGCUCCUUAGCAUUCACCUAAUUUCAGAAAGGCUAUUCUAAAAGGUGGUAUCUGUUCUUUUGUAGCAAAGUGUUUGUGUUUUUCCCAGGCUGUUGUUGUUUGUUUCUGCAUUUACACAGUAUAAUACAAAAGAAUAUUGGGUUGAAUUGAUCGCGAAUAGUCCAAACACGGUUUCAGUAUGGUCAGACAGGCUUACGGUUUAAAAUGUGUCAUUCUCUUCUGGGGGAAUUAGCUAAAGGAUGCAAUAAGCCUGUUUUGUUUUAGAACUUAUAGGAAUUAAACACUUUAUGUUUACAGAAUUGAGCUGCAGAAAGUGCAAGACAUGCCAAUUUGAGACACGGGGUCUUCUAAGACAGGAGCAUCAAUUUAAUGCAUUCAGCUCUAAGCAUCACAGUGAACUUUCUCUGAGCUAUCACUUGUUUUUAAUGCAAAGGCGCUAGUCUGAUAAUAUAUACUGUAAUCCUGAAAGAUUUGUGUUACUUACCUUUUGAGGUAGAAAUUAUACCAAUAAAUUAUUGCACCGUUAGUAUUAGAUUUUGUGUACCUUGGAAGUUAUGUCAUUAAUACAUGCUGGUUCAUCAAAUGAAGAGAACCCUUGCAGGAUCAGCUAGAUUUAUACUCUGGGACUUUGCCCCAGGGUAGGAAGAAACUGGAGGGAAAUAUUUCAGUCAUCUUUUCUAAAGUCAUUACCAAAAUCUGUGAGGAAGUUUAAUCUUCCACAGAGUAGCAGGUCAAGGACAGCCAGGAGGCCCGUGUUUCUUGCUUCUCUCCAGACAUUAGAUUAGGAGACUUAAUAUCAGAUGUGUAGAAUAUGAGCCAUUGAGCUAAGUCCGUCAUUAGGUGUAACCACGGCUCAGACUGGCCUGCAAGUUCUCCUUGACGGCCUGAAGCACAGGUGUCCAAAGAAAAGCAUCAAGGGCAUCCUGACCUCGGGGCAUCUGAUGUGAUAAACCACAGGUGUGUGAUCAACAGGCCUCUACAGCUCAAAUUGUGCCCCGCCCACCCCGACGGACUUGUGUCACCGCUAUACUCCCAAGAAUUCUGGACCUUGCUCAUGAGACUUUGAGAGAGGAACUCUUGUGAAGAACUGGUUUAUUUUCUGCCCAGCGAGAUGAGUUUCAGCUGUCCAAGAAAGGAACGAAGUUACUAAAAAGCAUCACAAUUUAGAUCUCCCAGCUGUUGGUGGUUGUUUUAUUUUUAAAGACUGGGGGAAGGGGAACUAUUUAUUCUGCCUUAAAACGAUGGCAAAUAAGUCAAGAUGACAUUUUGUGAAUGUAGGUGAUAGAUACCCUCCUAAUAGGUUAAUGUAAUCAUAACAAGAGAUGAAGUAGAGGUUUUUCGGUUACGUGAGCAAUAAUUUUUUUUCUGUCUCUUAUUGCAUAUGACUAGCAAUUAUUUAUUUACAUGGGUUCUUUGCAUGGGGGUUCCAUAGGUACAGAAAUUUCCUCGACCGUUGGAGGUAUUUUGGCCAUUUCUGUCAUUUGGAUGAGCUCUUAUUAGAUUGAAAUUUACACAUCAUUUUAUUAAAAAUUGUGCCUUAGAAAAUGCAAAGCUGUUGCACAUAGUCAGUGAUGGAUUAUGGAUGCAAUAGAGAGACGAAGUCACUUCCAAGUCCCCAAGACUUCUCCUGGGGUAUUUGCUGUUUUACAGGAAAAAGAAAAAAUUUUUAAAACAAGAAAAAAAACUAAAAAGAAAAAGAAAAAAGUUUUCAAAAUGUACAGAUUAAGUCCAAUAUUUUGGUUAGCCAUCUGCAUGUUUUAUUAAACAUUUUGAUAAUGUGGAUGUUUACACUUUGCAUGAUAUUAGUGGAGUACUUUACCACAAAUAAUUCACAAAACAUGUACAAUAUGGUCGUUCAUAACCGAUUUUUAUAGAAUACUUUUUACAUGCAGAACUCCAUCCAUUAUGUGAGGAUUAUCUGAAUAUUGCACAUUCUCUUCUGGUUUCACAAACCCAUUUAUACAUAUUUCUUAGUGAGACUCAUUGUACAUGUAUUGAAGCUAGACUCGAGUCAAGAAAAAUAAAGCCCCAUUCUCCAACUGCAAAAUGUGCUUUCCCAUAACGAACACGAGUCACCAGCACAGAAUAAUCUCCAACAUUUCCUAAAUUCUAAUUGCCAACUGUUUCUAUUUAUAUUUGAUUUAUAUUUCAUUUGGAGCCUGCUACAUGGCAGCUUCGGCAGAGUCAAUCUUGUUUUUCCCAGUGCAGCAUAAUGAAUAUGAUCUAUUUCUUUUCAAAUAAUCUUUGAAAUUCCCAGGAAAAAUAAAAACGCUCUGCUCUGUUGAGCUAUCAUGUAAAUGUGUUUGUUUAAAAAACUGAUGAGGCAAGUGCGUGAUUUAUUGUUCCUGAGGAAGUAUAUCUGAUUUUUUUUCCUUAUACUCCAAAAGCGUGUUUCUUCUCUUUCUUAAGAAAAAAAUGGGUAACUCUUUGUUUUUCACUAGCAAACUCUCAUGCUGUUUCCUCACUCUUUCUAGGUAGUGUUAUUAAUGCAAUACAUAUUAUAGUUAUCAAUGCACAGCAGAAGAUUUAACGAACUGAAAUGGCCCACCGAUGUAAUGAACUGAAAUGAUCCACCUCAUUAUGUGAGUCCGUCCAAAGGAUGUUCCCGGUCCGGGUGGGCCAAUGUUCUCUAUCAGUUACACUAACUUUCGUUUAAAAUAUUUAUUCUAAAAUGCCUCUGAGAAAUAGUAAAAAAAUAAAAAAAAAAUUAAAAAUAAGUUGUCUAAAAUGCAACAGCUUUUAUAGUCAAUGUACAUUUAUAAAUAAAAUACUCAAUCUA